AUGCUGUCCGAGCCGUCCCCGGAAGGGCUGUUGACUGGCUCUUGGCUAGAUGCUAGCUUCCCCGUUCCUCGAUGGCAGAUGGCACUUCAUCUUCAGGGAUUUGCCUAUGAACAGUCCAGCAGGAGAGGUCUCUGCGACUCUGCUCUGUGGAAUGCCAGUCCUCACUCAGUGCCGUCAAAUAAAAAGACCGCAACGGGCCACUUCUUUUUUUUCCCCAUCGCCUCUUUUUUGGGAUUCCCCCUCCAAAUAGCCCAGGCCGAAGAGAUAUCGAAUCGCCGUCAACGACACCAACCAAACCCCCGUCCGUUUUCCGAUCGAUCCCCAAACAUCCCGUCCACUGCCGCCCCCGUCAGGUAUCCGUACCUACGCUACAAAAAAAAAAUCCCUGACCUGGAACUGUCCACCUCGCUCUCGGAACUCGGAGCUGCUUCGCCUGACACUGACGCACCCGACCCUGCCGACACACUGUUUAUUGCUUGUUGGCCGUUGCUUUGCUGUUCCGAAUUUCUCUCGAUCUGGAUUCGACCAUCCCGUUGCGCGUCCCACUGCCGCUCCCGCUCCCGCUACCGCUACCGCUACCUGCCGUACGGAGUAUCCGUCGGCCGCAACCACCACACGCGCGCAACCUCCACGACCCACGACCCACGACCCACGGCCUGGCCCACGCAGCAGGCUAGAUAG